AUGUCAAACGUAAAAGAUGACGAUCGAGAUUUUGAUGAUGCUCUUAAUCUCACAGGUCACGGACGAUACAAUAGAAUGGUAUUAUUUUCUUGCUGUGUAACAAUCGUCGCUGCUUCAUUGGAUAUAUUUGGAUUCAGCGUGGUAGUAGCAGCUUCCAGAUGUGAACUGGGGCUCACCACCAGUCAGGUUGGUGUGCUGGUGGGCUCGCCUUUCUACGGUUUGGUCUUUUCAUAUCCCUGGGGUUAUUUCGCUGACUCAAAAGGCCGAAGGACGGCAAUACUCCUCUCAACAUCCGUUGGUUUCAUAUUUGGGGCUAUAAGUAGCAUUUCUGUCAAUUGGCAAAUGAUGCUGGUGACGAAAGCGAUUGGAUCUUCAUUCACGCUUUCAUUAUUUAUGCUGACUCUAACGUACCUCGGAGAAAGUGUGGACUCGAAAAAAAGGAAUCAAUUCCUAUUUAUACUGAACACAAUGAAUAUAGGUGGAGAAGUUGUAUCAUUUGGUCUUGCGUAUUUCAUUUUACCACUAUCUAUUGCAAUGUUCAUACCUUGGUUAGAGAUCACUUUUCGAUCUUGGAGGCUGUAUACUCUUGUUAUGUCCAUUCCACUGGGCAUCGGCGCUCUGAUGAUGCUUUUCCUUGAGGAAAGUCCAAAGUUUCUUAUAGACAAAGGAGAGAAUGACAAGGCUAUGGAAGUAUUGACAAAUAUAUUUGUGACCAAUGGUGGAAACAGAGAUGAUUUUGUGAUAAAACCUCUAAAUGUGAAACCGUAUAACGAUUCGUCUUUUUGUGUGGAGUUUGUAAGACACGCAUCACCUCUUUUUAAGCCACCACUGCUUUGGAGAUCUUUGCAGUUGUUCUAUUUACUGUCUUUGGCUUGCGCUAUAAGUAAUGUUUCGAUUAUGUGGUUACCAACUAUGCUUGAUAUGGUGUUUAAAUCAAUCUCAUCGGGAAGUAGUGAUAUAAGGUUUUGUGACGGAUUCAACAAUAUAUCACAACAAAUCGCCGCUAAUGUAACUUGCAAUGAUACGCUUUCGGAAGAGACAUUUAUUUCUGGCGCCUCUGUUAGUCUAUUUGUAGCUGUAUUGAACUUGUCGGUUACAAAGUUUGCCUCAUAUCGACGCAUUAUUUUGAUUUCUAUAUUUCUACUUGCUGGGUUUAGCAGUGUUAUGGUUUCAGUUUUAAGACAACCUUUGGCAAGUGUUGUGUUUUACACAUUAAUGCAAACAACGCUCGUGGGUAUAGGGAGUGUAUCUACAUAUUUUGUCGAUUUAUAUCCUACGUCUUGCAGGGGACUUGCAACGAGUCUAGGUUACAUGGUAGCGCGAUGCUCUUCACUGAUCGGUACGACUUUAGUUGGAGCUGCCGGUAAUAGCAACUGUGAAAUGAUCUUUUAUGUGGCGGCGAGUGUGGCAUUUUCUGGAACUCUGGUGUCACUGUCCUUACCAUCAAUUAAGAACUAA